AAUGAUUAAUAUUAAAUUCGGUGAUCAAACACACCAUUAUCAUUUUCAGGUCCAAAGAUGAAAAAUCCUUUCCGAUCAGCUGUUAUGUAGUUGGUGCCCCUGACCAACUAAAUAAUGGCAGCUACGAUUGGACGUUUUGGUAAAGCUUUUGUGACGUCAAGCCGAGGCUUCCUAAGGUCUCGAUGGAUUCACUCAGCUUCAGGAGUAGGACCUUGGCAACAAAAGAAUGCAACUCAGGUGGAUGAGACGCUUGGGUUACUACCCUCCCCUCUCACUGUGCUUUCAGACGAGGAGCUUAUGAUGAAAGAAACAGUUGCAAAAUUUGCUCGUGAACAAGUUGCUCCCCUAGUAAGCAAGAUGGAUGAAGAAGGCUGUUAUGAUCCAUCACUUGUAAGAGGCAUGUAUGAAAAUGGGUUUAUGGCAAUUGAGACAGAACCUGAGUAUGGAGGCUGUGGAUCAACAUUUUUUGUGGCAAAUUUAGUUAUUGAAGAGCUAGCCAAGGUUGACCCAUCCGUAAGCUUGUUAUGUGACCUCCAGAACACACUUUUCAACACUUUGUUCCGGAAGUUUGGCACAGAAGAACAAAAGCAGAAGUACCUCCCAAAGCUGGCCACAGAAAUGACAGGAAGCUUCUGUCUCUCCGAGACAGAAUCAGGUUCUGAUGCCUUUGCAUUGAAGACUGUGGCAGUGAAAGAUGGGAACAACUAUGUCAUUAAUGGUUCCAAAAUGUGGAUAUCUUCAGCACCACAGGCUGGUGUAUUCCUUGUGAUGGCCAAUGCCAACCCUUCAGCUGGCUACAAAGGUAUCACCUGCUUUGUCAUUGAUGCUGGAACCCCUGGCUUAUCAAUUGGCAAGAAAGAGGAUAAGUUAGGUCUCAGGGCCUCCAAUACAUGUGCAGUACAUUUUGAUAAUGUUGUGGUACCUGAAGAAAAUAUUCUCGGAGAACUUGGACAUGGUUAUAAAUAUGCCAUUGGUAUGUUAAAUGAGGGACGUAUAGGUAUUGGUGCCCAAAUGGUUGGUCUGUCUCAAGGAUGCCUUGAUGCCACCAUUCCGUACCUGCUUCAGCGUAAACAAUUUGGGAAAGCUUUGUUUGAUUUCCAGGCUAUGCAGCAUGCAGCAGCUUAUCUGGCCACAGAAAUUGAAUGUGCGAGACUACUUGUAUAUAAUGCAGCCCGAUUGAGGGAAGCAAAACAACCCUUCAUUAAACAAGCUGCAAUGGCAAAGCUUUACAGUUCAGAGGUGGCCACUCGUGUUACAUCCAAAUGUGUGGAGCUUAUGGGUGGUGUUGGCUUUACCAAAGAUUAUCCAGUUGAGAAGUUUUAUCGAGACUGCAAAAUUGGCACAAUUUAUGAGGGAACAUCACAUAUUCAGUUGAAUACUAUUGCAAAACUUGUUGCACAAGAUUAUGUAGCAUAAUUAUUGUAAUAAAGAAAGAUAAUGUCUUGUAUAUAUUUAGCUAUUAAUUAGGUUUAGAUGUAAGACAUUACUUUUAAUGCAGAAUCUCAAAGCAUUAGCUCUCUCUCCUGCUUUUCAUGUGGUAAAAUUGAUAUAUUUAGGAUGCCCUAUUUCUUCUUUGUGGUUAGGAAAGUAUGUUGUAGCAUACAUUUAUAAUUGUGGCAGCAUUUGACAAAACAAAAAUAAAUUUCAACUUCUAU